AUGCGCUCGAUUGACUGCCUUGUGCUGGGAUGCCGACAUUUAUUGCGAACCCCCCUAAAGCGCACUCUCGCUGCGAUUUCCCUCGGCCUUGCAUUUACCAUUUUCAUGCUUGUGCCUCGAUCAGCAGAGCAACCUAUAGUGGUCCAUGCUUCGAGUACAAGAAAUGCCUUCUUUCUAGGCUCUGGCGAUGCGGGUGAUGGGAACGGCCUCGGUCAGCUUGUUUUGGAAACUUCCCACGAGUCACAAUCCAUACCUUACGAUCCAUAUCCUGAAUACAACAGCGCUGCAUGGAAAAAUACGUGGAGAGGAACCUAUCAGCAGUGUGUUGGCACAAAUGGCUCAGUCCUGGACCGUAGGAACGCGGAAACAACAAUGAAGGGAUUUCGCUGGAACCAGUCAGAGUUUCCAGCGCCGAUAUUUGGAUCGUACGAGGCGUGGAAUCUCGAUCGGAGUAUCUGCGUCGACCGAUAUUCUCGAUAUGCGGCGUAUGGCUACACAGAGGAAGGGAAAAAAGCGCAGUGGCAGGAUGUGAACUGGGCCACUUUGCAGCAAGACUGCCUGCAGCGCAAUGCAGACCGAUAUCAACCUUCGAAUAUUCGUGAAAAGAUGUGGACUUUGCACAGAGAGCAGGAUAAAGGAACGGAUCAACAUCGAUUGGGAGAAAAGACAAAGACAGAUCGAAACAAUACUGCUAUUUUCAAACCACGGACGGCGGUAGUGCUGCGCACAUGGCUCGACAUGGAAUACACGGAAGAUGAUCUUUAUUAUAUCCGGUCGAUUAUAAUGGAGCUAUCGCUCUUAUCGGGUGCAGAAUAUGAGGUGAUCCUCUUGGUUGAUGCGAAAAACGCCGACUUGCCUCAUCCAACGGACAAGACGGGCUUGGACAGUCUCAAAAAGUCUCUUCCGCUGGAGCUCCAGGAUCUGGCAGUGUUCUUCAACUCGGAGAUACUAGAAGACUGGUACCCGAAGAUCGAUGUUCACCAGGCCAUACUUCAAUACUUCCAGCCAUUGCAGAUUUUCUCUCGAUUGAAUCCACAAUACGACUUUUUCUGGCAGUUUGAGAUGGAUUCACGUUAUACGGGACAUUUCUAUAACUUUCUCCAGCAGGCAACUGAUUUUGCAAAACAACAACCUCGCAAGAAUCUGUGGGAGCGCAACUCUUACUUCUACAUCCCCGCUGUCCACGGGAGUUGGGAAAACUUUACUGAUCAGGUAGACCAGAGCAUGAUGGGUCUUCAUAGUAUUUCGGGACCACAGCCAGCAAAGGGCAUCGAGGUUGGGAAUGAAGCACCAGAGCCACCGCACCCAGACCUCGAUAAUGAUUCUUGGAGCUGGGGCGUGAACGAGGAAGCUGACGUGAUGACUUGGCUGCCUCAAUUUGACCCUCAGCACACCUACUGGCCCUUUUCUGACCGGAUAUUUAAUUUUCGUCAGAGGGGACGUACUCCGCGCCGGGCAUCCGUUGUCGCAAUGUCCCGUGUCUCAGCCCGAUUGCUCCGGCUUAUGCAUAAGGACCAGACCGAGAAAGGUCUUGGACUAGCAUCCGAGAUGUCUCCCACCUCCUGGGCCCUUUAUUAUGGGUUGAAAUCUGUCCAGGUUCCUCAGCCCAUUUACCAUGCCCACGAAACAGAUCCUGUUAAGCUCAAUCUCCGAGCUAAUGCAGGCAAGACCGGUAAGAUCGGCGCUGGGAAGAAUAGUAUCUGGAACUGGAACCAGCACAAUGAUAUUAUGAUGAAAGUGUCCUAUAUGUUUGGGUCGGAAUUUUCCGAAAAGAUUUAUCGAGCCUGGCUGGGCUACGAUAAUGCGGAGAAAAAGGGACGUCGUCGCCUUUGCCUGCCUCCGAUGUUCUUACAUCCGGUGAAGAAUACAAAAAGAUAG